AUGGCUGAAGACAAUGUUAUUCUUGACUAUGAUGAUGAGGAGAAUGAGCCCGCAGUAGAAGCUGCGGCAGGUGAUGGACCAGUCAAGAAAGAUGUCAAGGGAACAUACGUGUCCAUCCACAGCUCGGGUUUCCGCGACUUCCUGCUGAAGCCAGAGCUGUUGAGAGCCAUUGUGGACUGUGGGUUUGAGCAUCCGUCAGAAGUUCAGCAUGAGUGCAUUCCUCAAGCCAUCCUGUCCAUGGACGUUCUGUGCCAGGCCAAGUCAGGUAUGGGCAAGACAGCAGUCUUUGUCCUGGCAACUCUACAGCAGCUGGAGCCAGUGGAUGGCCAGGUGUCAGUACUGGUGCUAGCACACACCAGAGAGCUAGCCUUUCAGAUCAGCAAGGAGUAUGAACGAUUCAGUAAAUACAGUAACAAUGUGAAGAUUGCCGUCUUCUUUGGUGGCAUGAACAUCAAGAAGGAUGAGGAGGUGCUGAAGAAGAACUGCCCACACAUUGUGGUUGGUACCCCUGGUCGAAUCCUGGCCCUGGCUCGCACCAAAGUCCUGUCUCUGAAACAUGUCAAGCACUUUAUUCUGGACGAGUGUGACAAGAUGCUGGCAGCAGUCGACAUGCGCAGUGAUGUCCAGGAGAUCUUCCGCAUGACUCCCCAUGAGAAACAAGUGAUGAUGUUCAGUGCUACACUCAGUAAAGAAAUCCGCCCUGUGUGCAAGAAGUUCAUGCAAGAUCCAAUGGAAGUGUACGUAGACGAUGACUCCAAACUAACGCUGCAUGGCCUGCAGCAGCACUACGCCAAGCUGAAGGACAACGAGAAGAACCGCAAAUUGUUUGAGUUGCUGGACGUGCUGGAGUUUAACCAGGUGAUCAUCUUUGUCAAGAGCAUCCAGCGAUGCAUGGCCCUGGCUCAGCUGCUGCAGGAGCAGAACUUUCCUGCCAUCGCCAUCCACAGAGCAAUGACUCAGGAAGAGAGGUUGUCCCGCUACCAGUCCUUCAAGGACUUCCAGAAACGCAUCCUUGUGGCCACAGAUCUGUUUGGUCGAGGAAUGGACAUUGAAAGGGUCAACAUUGUCUUCAACUACGACAUGCCAGAAAGUUCCGACACCUACCUCCACAGGGUUGCCCGUGCCGGCCGGUUUGGAACCAAAGGUCUAGCUAUCACAUUUGUGUCCGAUGAGAACGAUGCCAAAAUUCUCAAUGAGGUCCAGGAGAGAUUUGAGGUCAACAUCACAGAGCUGCCUGAUGAGAUUGAUAUCUCUUCCUACAUUGAAGGACGCUGA